UUGGCUUCAUGCCCAACCAUUUCUUCAGUCAGGUUUAUAACAGUGAUCGACAUUAUUAUAUUGGUUUUCUAUCUUUUUUUAUCCGGAAUCCCCAUUUGUUACUACCAAAGUAGAAACUACUCGUUCUGGGAUGCGUACAAAAAAACAACACUACAUCACAAUGUAAAAACAAAUCAAUCAAAACCUAAAGCAAAAAAUGGAACAAAACACAAAGGCGAAAAGCGGAAAGCGCAAACCAAAACAACAACAAAAAACAAUUAAUCAAACAACAAUAAAACCACAAAUGACAAUAAUAACAACAAAUGACAACAAGUCAAAAAAAAUUUCACAAAAAACUAAAGAGAAACAUGCAAAAAAAGGCCCAAAAUCCACAAGUACCUAAAAUACAUUCAACACAGCUAAAAAAACAACAGGAGCACCAUUAAAAAGAAAAAUGAAUAAACCAAGAAAGUUCCUCAUUGAGAUCACAUAGUCAGAUAUUAUGGAGCAAAACGUGUCGGAUCUGGAGAUAGAAAUACAAUGACUCAAAUUCACUCCGUCUAUUCAUAAUAAAGACUCAAUAGCGGUCAUUUGACACAAUAGACACUUUUCAUUCAUAAUUAUUUCAACUGAACUGCAAGCUGUUCACAGCCUGAAGCACCGAGCGAGGACGCUGGAGGUGUAAAGAUAGCGUAAUGAAAUGUUAAUACGACUUAAUGCUGCUGUAUUCUUCUCACCUGUUUGUUUCUUCUACUGUGUACGCCGGAGCUCUGAAGGGACACCAUUUCUCUCCCCUGUUCAGUACUUCAUAUGGAGAGCAUUUCUCCUUUGACCUUUGAGGAUGACCAACUUCUUUCUUUCUUUGCUUCUAACUGAACUGAUAUCCAAUUGGUUUAAGCUCCAGAGUGAUCCCUGACCCGUCCCAACAUACUCAUCCGCCUCCAGGAAAGACAGUGUGGAGUAUCCUCUGACACAGCCCGGACCGUACGGCCGCUGGUUCCACUCUGAGUUCUGCGACUUUGUGGCGGUGCUGGUGGCUCGGUGUCAGCACAGUGUCGUAUUUGACAGUUACCUGAUGACCACCCUCAUCUCUCUGCUCACCGAGCUGUCGGACUCCUACGUACGGGCUUUCAGACACACCUGCACGCUAGCGGCGGUGAAGCUGAUGAGCUCCCUGGUGGCCGUGGCCCUGAGCCUGAGCGGCGGCAUCGAGAACAGUCAGAAGCUGUACCAGGUGCAGAAGACCAAGACGAUGAGACAGAGGAGCCCUCCGCAACCGGAGAGGAUUCAGAGGAAGAUCACGGAGCUGCGGGAGAAGAGGGCGGAGAUAGAGAUUAUGAUGGACGUCAUCUUCAAAGGGAUCUUUCUCAAGAGAUAUCGCGAUGUGCUUCCAGAAAUCCGCUCCAUCUGUAUGGAGGAGCUGGGUUUGUGGAUGAAGCUCUACAGUUCUGCGUUUCUCAACGACAGCUACCUCAAGUACAUGGGCUGGAUGAUGCACGACAAGGUACCGGACGUGCGUCUCAAGUGUGUGUUAGGCCUCCAGGGCUUGUAUGGCGCUCCUCCGCUCCUCCCGAAGCUGGACCUGUUCACCACCCGCUUCAAGGACCGGAUGAUCUCCAUGACCCUGGACAAGGACAGCGAAGUGGCGGUGCAGACCAUGAAGCUGCUGCUUCUCGUCUCCAAAGCGUCCGACGGUGCGCUCGGCCCGGGGGACUACAAGCAGCUGCUGCAGUUCGUCUACUCUUCACAGCGCCCUCUUGCUGUCGCAGCGGGGAAGCUGCUCUUCGCCCGGGUUCUCGACACCGUAGGCCCUGCGUCCGAUACCCAGGAUGAAAUAAACGAGGAGGCGGCACACAAGCGACAGGCAUCCUCCAGACUGAGGGCUCUGCUGCACUUCUACCAGGAGUCUGAGCUGCACAAGCAUGUGGUGUACCUUGUGGACAGUCUGUGGGACUGUGCUGGAGCCCUGCUGAAGGACUGGCCCACACUCACAUCUAUACUGCUGCAGGACCCCUCCCCACACGGUCCAGGUCUCACUUGUUCAGAACAAGCGGUGCUUGUGGAGGUCUUGGUAGCUUCGGUUCGUCAGGCCUCGGAGGGACCAGCGCUGCCAGGAAGGAGUGGAGCCAAGAAGGUGAUGAGCGCCAGGGAAAAGAAAGUCCAGAUGGAGGACUGUACGAAGCUGACCGCUCAUCUCCUCGUGGUGCUUCCUCAGUUACUGUCCAAGUUUUCAGGUAGCUGUGCCACCGUUGCCUCCCUGAUGAAGAUCCCUCAGUACUUCCUCCCCGAGUGUCCCGAGGCCGGCGGCACACAGGCAGCUUCCGGCCUGAUGGCGGAGCUGGGAGCUGCUUUGGACCGCCACCCGGACCCGGACCCCGCCCUCCUGGAGGUGGCAGCCCGCACGUACCUCAGCCUGUGUGUGGGGGAGGACGCGUCCUGGUGCUCCGUGACCCGAGCCGCCAGAGACUCCUUGGUCCGGCGCUGGGUGGACCACCUGACGGCUCUGCUGGGGGACUCGCUCCAGGGCGAGAGUCCGCGUUUCACUGCUGACAAGGAGAAAAGGGCAGAGAUUCUGGCCACGCUGAAGAAACUACGAGCUUUCCACAACUGUCACAACCUCCUCAAGUGGGACCUGUUCGGGCUGUUGUCUCCCCUGCUGUCGGCGGAGAGCGGCGAGGGAGGGGCCCCACCUGAGGUGCUGUUGGAGGUCCUGCGGUGUCUGUCGUACUGCAUGCUCUGGUCCCUCAACACGAGUGGUGGAACUUUAAACUCCAGAGAGAAAGAGAGACUCCAGCUGCGUCUCUUCUGUGAGAGGGGUAAUCGCUGUCUCUCCCACUCUGACCACAGCGUGCAGCAGCAGGCUUUCCUGGGCAUGUGUGACGUGCUGACGGCUCACUCCUACCAGCUGCAGGCGUGGGAUCCCACCUCCUUCAGCCCGCUGCUCUACACUCCCAGCCCCAAACUGCAGAGGGCGCUGUUGACCUUCGUAUGCGCGCACGUGUUCGUGGGGCCAGACUGUGUGGGCCAGAGCGCUGCCGGCGAGGACUCUGAGAUGGAGCGGCUGGAGGAACUUCACAGACGCAGAAAUCUGCUCGCGGCCUUCUGCAAACUGAUAGUGCACAGCGUGCUGGAGAUGAGCAUGGCGGCGGAGGUGUACACGCACUACAUGAAGUACCACAACGACUUCGGAGACAUCAUCAAGGAGACGAUGUACCGGACGAGACAGAUGGACAAGAUGGACAGCGCUCGGACACUGGUGCUCAGUUUGCAGCGGCUGUUUGUCCGUCUGAAGCGAGAGCAGGAGAGCGGCGGCGGGGCUCACCCAGGGGUCCAGACCUUCACCAGCAUCAAGGAGCUCGCCAGGCGGUUCGCCCUGACCUUCGGGGACCUCGUCAAGUUCCGCGAGUGCGUCGUCGUGAUCCACAGGAAUGGCAUCGACUUCGUGUUCCAGGAGUUCAGUCAGAGCCCCGACACCCCCACGCCGCCGUACCUCUCCUACCUGACCAUCCUCGGCGAGUUCUCCAGCAAACUCCUCAAACCGGACAAGAAAGUAGUGUUCUCCUACCUGCAGAAGCACACCGCGGAGCACAUCGUUGACCCCAGGGACGAGUGCUGGCAGCCGCUGUUCUACUACCGAGCGUCCCUGCUGGCCGCGGCCGAAGGGGAAGACGCCGUCUCUUACGUAAGCUCGGACAGGAAGUUGUACCUGCCCGGUCGCUCUCCCCUCUCCAGAACGAAACUAGAAGGGAGCAAGUCCCCCUGCCCAUUCAGCCCCGUCGACUCCAAAGUCAGCAAAGGUCACAGGUCGGGCUUCAGUCCAAGCCACCAGGAGAAGACGGCCGACGCGGAUCCCUUCUCCGUCUCCGUUGAACCUCCGGCAACAAGGUUGAACUCUGAGGGAUCCGUCGCCAGCCCCGGCAACGAGGCGGAGGACGACACCGUGGACGUGGAACUGUAACAGUUAGGAGUACAGUGCACACAUAACAGCGUCCCAUUUAUUUUAUUUAGUUCCUACAAUACUGUUAAUCCAGGUUUAAAAUGCAGUACCCUAUGUCUUGUAUGUGGACAUGGUUUUAAAGGUUAUUCUUUAUAUUGCUUAGCGUCAACGACCAAAACCAGCCGGAGUGUAUCCUCCUGUUACGUGUGCCUGAUGCAUCUUCCUCCUCUGUGCCAUAAACUUCAAAGUGUUGCUUGGAAAGUAUUAAAAACACAUCAGUGUUUCACUGGGGGGCAUCAUCCUACAUAGUUUAAUUGAAUCAAUGCCACAUUCAGCGCCCCGCCACUGCAAAUACCGACUAGAUAUGUAUUAAUCCACAACAGAAAAUAGUGCCCAACAAAUGCACUUCCCCAUUUGAGUGAUAUUUGCUAAAAAAAAAGAAAGAAGUUCACCUGUUUUAGAAAAAUACUAAGUAU